AUGGAGGCCGAUAACUAUAAGGGUAUCAAGCUCACUUAAGCUGACGAUUUUGAGAUGUGGAAAGUCUCAAUCACUAAGAAUCUCACCAAGCACAAGCAGAGUAUAUGGAUUGAGACUGAGUAUACGAACAAAAGCGCGGACACAGACGGCGAACAGAAAGAAGAGAAAGACUCCCGUGGAGAGAAGGAGGACAAGGCGAGGGUGUCCUACAGAAUCCGCCAGAGCAUGGACUCGGCGCACCAGAUGGUGAUUGCUUUCAUGUCCGAUCCCUGGGAGCAAUACAACACCAUGAUAAAGCGGUAUGAGGGCAACAAGCAAGUGCGGUAUGAGGGUAACAACGAAGUGCGGUAUGAGUGUAACAACGAGGCCCGGCACUACAAUCUCUGUUCGAGAUUCUUCGGAAUUUUGGAUCAAAAUACAAUGUCGAUACAGGACAAGUUGGAUCUAAUGAACCGAUUGAGAAGUCAGAUGAUGACUCUUCAACCACACAACGAAGUAGGGAAUUGGAUACUCAUUUGCCUGAUCAAAGCAAGUGUGGACCAAGAACAAUUCAAAAUCACGCUGGAGGUUAUACGCUGGAGCACGAUCGAGCUAUCCCUUGAUGAGGUGAUCGCCCGCCUGAAGGCUCGAGAGACCGAGCUGGGAAACGAAGGAAUUUAUUCUAACACUGCAAAAUGGGCGGGACGAGGUCGUGGAGGCUUUCAAGGUCGGGGGAGAGGUGGACGACAGGGGAGAGUCCCACGCGGAGAGAAUUCCAACUUCUCUUCUGGAAGAUAUCACCGAACGCGAGGUUGA